GUUGUGUUCAUUACAUGGUCAUAAACACGGUAUGUGGCGAAGCGUAUGUGUUGAUUAGAAGAAAAUAUAUAGUAAUUAAAUUAUGGCAGAUGUAUUAGAUAUUGAUAAUGCUGAAGAAUUUGAGGUCGAUGAUGAAGGCGAUCAGGGUAUUGCACGUUUAAAAGAAAAAGCAAAACGGAGAAAAGGAAGAGGUCAUGGUGCAGAGUUGGUGUCCACUCGUGAUGAUGUUGGUCAUUAUGAGUCUAUGAACGUUAUUGAAGAAGAUGACGAUGAACCAGGGCCACAAAGAUCUGUGGAAGGAUGGAUUCUGUUUAUAAAUUCAGUACACGAAGAAGCUCAAGAAGAUGAUAUUCAAGAUAAAUUCUCAGAAUUUGGGCAAAUCAAAAAUUUACAUUUAAAUUUAGAUAGAAGAACAGGAUUUUUGAAAGGAUAUGCUCUGGUAGAAUAUGAAACUUUUAAAGAAGCUCAAGCAGCAAAAGAGGCUUUAAAUGGAACAGAAAUCUUAGGGCAACCUAUUUCAGUUGAUUGGUGUUUUGUAAAAGGACCAAAAAAAAUUAAGAAAAGGAGUCAUAGAAGACGAUGA